UUGUUGUUGUAGGCGGAACCGUCGUCGGGAGGAACCUUUGAGUCGCCUUCCAGUUUUCCACACGGACGUUUUGUUGCGCGCAUCCGUUUCCUCCCGAGAAGCCGCCUGGCUCGUCUGCUCCCGGUUGUUCGCCUUCUUGUCGUCUUUUUUGUAACUUUCCGUUUGUUCAGGUUGGUCCUUCGGUUUGUUGGCGUCGAUGGAGGCGGGAGGCGGAAGUUGUUUAUUUAGCGGUUUCCGGCUUUUGGGACUUUACUGCAACCACGUGCCACAUGUGCUCCGAUACCAUCGCAAACAUCGAGAGUUCUACUUGGUGACGUCAGUGGGGAAAUGUUUGCACACGUACAACGUCAACCGCUUGGGCAUCGUCGCAGUCAGCAACAGCCUGCCGGAGGACAUCACGUGCUUGGCGGCCGACAGGAUGCUGGUGUUCGCCGCCGCCGGCUCGCUCGUCUACGCCUUUGCCAGGAACAAAGAGGUGGUGAUGUGUUACCGCGGACACAAACGCGAAGUGCGCUCGCUGCUCUCCUUCGGCGACCAACUGAUCUCGGCCGACGGCGGCGGGCUCGUCGUCGUGUGGGACGUCCGAGGCGGCGACGCGUACCUACAACUGAACUUUGACCCCGCGACCUUUGACGUGUCCGCCAUGAUGCACCCCAGCACGUACCUGAAUAAAGUCCUGCUGGGGAGUUCCCAGGGUGCAUUGCAGCUGUGGAACCUCAAGACCAGUAAGUUGCUGUACACGUUCGCGGGCUGGUCGGCCGGCGUCACCGCGCUGCAGCAGAGCCCGGCGGUGGACGUGGUGGGCGUCGGCACGGCGACGGGCCGCAUCAUCAUCCACAACAUCCGAUUGGACGAGACGCUGAUGAGCUUCACGCAGGACUGGGGACCAAUCACGUCGCUGGCUUUCCGGACAGACGGGGCCCCGACGCUGGCGGCGGGCAGCCCCCAGGGUCACGUGACCUUGUGGGACCUGGAGCGGCGGGAGCCGGCGGCUCAGCUGAGACACGCCCACCGGACGGCGGUCAGCGCCAGCUUCGUGCACGGCGAGCCGCUCCUCGUCACCAACGGCGCCGACAACGCCAUCAAGGUUUGGAUCCUAGACCAGGAAGGGGGCGGAGCUAGGUUGCUGAGAAAUCGUCAGGGUCACAGCGCCCCGCCCACGACCGUCCGUCACUACGACAACGAGGGGAAAAACAUCCUGAGCGCGGGUCAGGACGGCACAUUGCAGUCUUUCUCCAGCGUGCACGAACGACUCAACAAGAACCUGGGACACGGCUCCGUCAAUAAAAAGAAAGAGCAGAAGAAGAAGAAGAAGAAGAUGGGGCAGUCCUACGAGGAGCUCCGCCUACCAGCAAUCACCGCAUUGGCCUCCGCGACGGCCCGCCGAGCCGACUGGGACGGUAUCGUGGCGUGUCACCGCGGUCGCCUGGCGACCACCACCUGGAACUACCGGCGCUGCACCAUGGGAGCGCACCACCUGCGACCGCCGAGGGGCGACGAUGCUGUCGCCACGGCCGUCGACAUCACUUCCUGCGGAAACUUUGCGCUGGUGGGCUCUUCGUGCGGACGCGUCGACGUUUACAACCUGCAGUCCGGACUUCAUCGCGGUUGCUAUGGAGACGAGGAGAAAGCCCACAGCGGCGCCGUGCGAGGCGUGGCCGCGGACGCGCUCAAUCAGCUGACCCUCACCGCCGCGUCUGAUCAGCUCCUCAAGUUCUGGCGCUUCAAGAGCCGCCAAGAGGAAGACCGGAUCGAGCUGAAUGCGGCCCCGUCUAGCAUGGAGCUACACAGAGACAGCGGCAUGCUAGCGGUCGCUCUGGACACCUUCACGCUGCUGAUCGUCGACAUUGCGACGAGGCGAGUCGUCCGCAAGUUUGCGGGUCACGGGGCCAAAACCAACGACAUGACUUUCAGUCCAGACGGUCGCUGGUUGAUCACCGGCGGGAUGGACUGCGCCAUUCGCACGUGGGACCUCCCCUCGGGGAGCCUGGUGGACUGCUUCCUGGUUUCCAUGGUGCCAGUUAGCGUAUCCAUGUCCCCGACCGGCGACUACCUGGCGACGGCGCACGUGGACAGUCUCGGCAUUUACUUGUGGACCAAUAAGAGCCUGUGCGGGCCCGUGGGGCUCCGCCCUCUCCCGGCCGACCACCGGCCGGAGGAAGAGGCCUCCGAGGCCGAGCGCCGGACCGCGCCGGAGGAGCCCGAGCGGGCGUACGUCUCGGCGGAGCAGCUGGGGGCGGAGCUGGUGACGCUGUCGCGGCUCUCCGAGUCGCGCUGGAAACAUCUGCUGUGCCUCGACGCCGUCAAGAGGAGGAACAAAGCGGCCACGCCGCCAGUGGCCGGACCGCCGGCGCCCUUCUUCCUGCCCACCGUGCCGGGCCUGACGCCGCGUUUCUCGGAGCCGCCUCAGGAAUCGCAGGAGUCAAAGGUGUUGAGCUGCAGUCUGCCGUCUCAGAGGUCAAAGUUCGCCGGUGCUCUGGAGGCGUCUCUCGUCACGGGGUCGUUCGCCGUCCCCGCGGACCUGUUGAAGACUUUCGGCCCGUCCGCCGUCUCCGUCGAGCUCGCCGGUCUGUCGGCCGAGGGGGGCGGAGCCGACGGCCUCCUGCGGGCCUUCGUCGGCAUGAUCGACAGCAUGUUGGCCGGCGGGCGGGACUUCGAUCUGGCUCACGCUUACCUGUCGCUCUUCCUCAAGCUUCACCUGCGCUCGCUGGCGCGGGACGCCGUCGCCGUGGAAGCGUUGCUCCGCCUCUCUUCGCGACUCGAGGCCGGGUGGGCGGAGCUGCGGGCCUCUUUCGCCCAAUCGCUUUGUUUGUUGGCGUACGCCAAAAGUGCGCUUUUGUGAGUGCGCGCCCGUGCCGCCUUUCGACGAUGUCAAACUUUUACUUUGUUUACAAUAAAAACAAACCCAAAAAAAAAAAAAAUGUCAUAAAUUCCUGAAAACACCAGAAAAAAAAUUUCAUCAGCAAUAUUGUCAUAAAAUAAAAUGUUUAAUGUGUUGACAUGACGAGCAGCCAAUCGGGGGCCUCCGGAUGAGCGGGGAAAAAAGAAAACAGAAGCAACAGUUUUUUUUUGUUUUUU